ACGCACCAGACCCCUGGAGUCAACAAAAUCCAUUCAUUGAGAUCCAAGAUCCGUAACUUCUUCCUCGCCCUACUACAUAAACCAUCCGACCACAAGUCGACGCUACACAACGCGCAUAGUACAAUACAAGUCGCAAACAUGGCUGCUUCAAAAACGACGCUUCAGGAGUUUGAGGCUGUCUUCCCCAAGCUUGAGGAAGUCCUUCUCGAGCAUGCCAAGUCAUACAAGCUGCCAGCGGGCGAGUUGGCAUGGUACAAGAAGUCCCUUGAAACAAAUGCCAUCGGUGGCAAAUGCAACCGCGGCAUGUCAGUUCCCGACUCCGUCUCGGCCCUCCUCGAGCGUUCCCUCUCCGAAGACGAGUACUUCAAGGCGGCAACCCUUGGUUGGAUGACGGAGCUUCUGCAGGCCUUCUUCCUUGUCUCGGACGACAUCAUGGACUCGUCCAUCACUCGCCGUGGUCAGCCAUGUUGGUACCGCCAGGAGGGUGUGGGCAUGGUCGCCAUCAACGAUGCCUUCAUGCUUGAGGCUGCCAUCUACACUCUCCUGAAGAAGUUCUUCCGUGACCACCCUGCCUACGUCGACCUGAUGGAGCUCUUCCACGAGGUUACAUACCAGACCGAGAUCGGACAACUGUGCGAUCUGCUCACCGCCCCCGAGGACAAGGUCAACCUCGACAACUUCAGCAUGGAGAAGUACAGCUUCAUUGUCAUCUACAAAACUGCCUACUACUCCUUCUACCUGCCCGUCGCUCUGGCCCUGCACCAGCUCAACAUUGGUACCCCUGAGAACCUCAAGGUUGCCGAGGAUAUCCUGAUCCCCAUGGGAGAGUACUUCCAGGUUCAGGACGACUACCUCGACAACUUUGGUCUGCCAGAACACAUUGGCAAGAUUGGUACCGACAUCAUGGACAACAAGUGCAGUUGGCUCGUCAACCAGGCUCUGUCCAUUGCCACUCCUGAGCAGAGGAAGAUUCUGGAGGAGAACUAUGGUCGCAAGGACAAGGCCAAUGAGGCAGUCAUCAAGAAGCUCUACGACGACAUGGGUCUUGAGCAAAGGUACAAGGACUACGAGGAGAAGGUUGUUGGUGAGAUUCGUGAGAGGAUUUCCAAGAUUGAUGAGAGCAAGGGAUUGAAGAGGAGUGUGUUUGAGACGUUCCUCGAGAAGAUCUACAAGAGGAGCAAAUAGAGUCAUGCUAGGCUCAUCUAAGCUGAGCUUAGAGCGACUUUGGCUUGAUGGUAACUGAUAAAGCUAAUAAAUCAAGAGCAACUGCAAACAGUUGGGACUAUAUUGAUAUUGAACAGUAUCUGUCCUCACCUCCAGCAUCAGCCACUAGCAGCCGCAGCCGGAUAUGGCCUUGCUGCCGUUUGACUCUGAGCAGCUAGCAACGAACUCCCAUUGAAUACCAUUUAGCACCCUUUCGUGUUGCAGGCCUUUGACAAGCGGUGUCAGCAUCGGCACUUGCUGUCCCUCCCGCCUGCAAUCAUUUGCUUGAGCUCCGGCGCAGACACGUUUGGUAAUUUCUCCAAAUCUGCGACUGCAUGUUUGUGUUAGCUUGGUUGUGUUUACACAAAGCGGCUUUGCAAGCGUGACUCGAACUUAUCAUCAACAACGUUGUUAAUAUGAGCGACUUCACCGUCGGGCGCCGGAGCAGCAAGGCCGCUGGUGUCCAUGAGGGCUCUGACGAUGACGUGGAAGAAGCGCAUCUUGAGGUUUUGUAGGUGUUUCUUUUGUUCCUUGCAGAUACAUACCGGCUCGAAACUGAUAUUUGGACCUGAUUGCCAGAUUUUAGUAUUCCGGCCGGGGCUCUAUAGUCGAUGAUACUCUUUUUAAUGCUUGUAAAAUAACCUCUUUACUCCCGG